AGCUGAGUUAGCCUGGGUUUGUGGGUUGGGCAAAGAAUUGGGCCAUAGCUUUGUCUCAAUUUGUAUAGCGAAAUCAAGAACAAUUUUUAUUUCAACCAGGGUGACCGACACAUUGGCAUAAACUGAACACGUGUAGGAAAACAGAAUCCCACUUAAGAAUAGCCACGGGUAAAGCCAAAACAGAUGCACGUUCAAAAACAACUUCAGAUUAGUCCGCCCGCUCUCAGUAUUUGUAACGCGAAAUCUUCGCUCCCUCAGAGUUGAUCAUUUCUGUUCCGAAUUUGCUUGAAUCGUUCAUCUUAGUUUCACAGAACCAGGAACUUUUACUUCAUUCCAGAGCAGUCUGUAUUUUGCCUAGAACAACCAAAGCAAAUCUGAAAAAGUGAAACAUGUCCGGUGUAUCUCUUGCUGUGGCUCCUAGAAAUGAGCUAGAUCACACCAAAACACCCGGGGAAAAACCCGAACACAAACACAAUCCUCUUCGCGAGCAGCAGCAACAAUCAGUGGUGGGCGGUGUAAUGAGAUCAUUGCGUGUGAUUGAACUCCAACUGGUAGCUUUCAUUAUGGUUUUUUCUGUUAGUGGACUUGUCCCACUCCUUGAUUUAGUCUUCCCAGCUUUUGCCUCCACUUAUAUUAUCGCCCUUUCACGCUUUGCCUUCCCAUCCCAUGGUCGUGUAUCCACUGGACCGCCAGAGAUUUUCCAAGGCAGCAAAAUCUUUAGGCUCUUUGUGAUUCUUGGAACUACCAUAGGGCUUUUCUUGCCGCUGGCGUAUGUCUUGGGUGGCUUUGCAAGGGGUGAUGAUCAUGCUGUUCGAUCAGCUACACCUCAUUUGUUCUUGCUUUCAUUUCAAAUACUAACAGAAAAUGUGAUAAGUGGGCUGUCUUUAUUUUCACCACCGGUGAGGGCACUUGUCCCAUUACUAUAUACAGUUAGGAGGAUCUUUGUUAUCAUUGACUGGAUGUUUGGUGUUUGGCUCAACAAAACUCUGCCUGCGAAUGCACAACUGAAGGACAUUGCAUGGGAUUGGUUUGGGAAGGUCCUGGCAGCUGCAAACCUUUUGUACUUCUCUUUUAAUCUCUUAUGCUUUUUGAUUCCUCGAUUCCUCCCUCGGGCAUUUGAGAAGUAUUUUAGGGAGAGGGAUGAGAUUCAUAGUAAGAUUUCAGAGGACAAGCGUCCUCCAGCAGCAAACAAGUCUCAAACAACGGAUAACAAACUCGAUUGAAUCUGCUCUCUAUUGUUCUCUCUGCUGUCCGCACCACUUGAAGUGCUUGCAAUGUGUGAAACGGUAUAGUAUUGAAAAGCAAUAGUAUUUUUUUUUCUGCUGCAUCUAAACAUUCGUCCUUUCUUUUUAGACUUUUGACAAUGACAUUUUUAGAUUCAGUCCUAGCUUAUUUGUUUAUCUACCAUUAAUUUUAAAUAAAUCUUUCUUGUUUCUUUGUAUGGUACUAUUAGUUAUGCCAUAAUGUGACAAGUCUUUAUUUCUUUGUUUGAUGUUGCUGCCAUAGGAAAGGCUUAUUCUAGGUCAGAUGUUAGCAAAGUUCCUCCUAUAAACUAACAACAGAACUUGCAGCCUGGGAUAAACAUAGAUACCGAAUAUAGAAUAGAAGUUCA